CCCCAAAACUCGCCUCUGGUCAUCUCGACUAUCCUUCGACAAGUCAAACCCAUCGGAUCCGAUCAUCGUUAAUCAAAACCGAGAAGAAGAAACUCGUCAAUGGCUUCCGCUUCCUCAUCCGUCUCCCGUUUCCCCUCCUUCUCGUCCCCCGUGGCCUCCCGCCUCCACAGCCCCCGUGCCCCGGCCGCUCGGGUCACUUUCCGCCGUCUCCAGCAGCUCCGUGUUUCUGCCUCCUGCGCCUCGACCGUCGAGAGGCCGGCCAAAGCCCACAUUGGGUCCCCGGGCUCCCUGUACGAGGUCCUCGGCGUCCAGGCUGGCGCGACAGGUCAGGAGAUCAAGGCGGCCUACCGGAGGCUCGCCAGGGUCCUGCAUCCGGACGUGGCGCCGGCGUCCGGAGAUUGCGCCGGCCGCGAGUUCAUGAGAAUCCACGAGGCCUACGCCACGCUGUCGGAUCCCCAGAAGAGGGCCGACUACGACCAGGCGCUGUUGACCAGGCGGCGUCGCGUGGGCCCGCCGUUCGCUGUCUCGAUGUCGGCUGCCUGCCGGGGCAGCUCAGUAAAUUCGGGGUUCCCGGCGUACACCAGGCGGAAGUGGGAAACCGACCAGUGCUGGUAGUCGAAGAUAGACCGUCUUCUUUUCUUUUUUUCUUUAUCUUUUGUUUCUCUUUUUGAAGGGGGAUCACUAAGGUAAGAUUAGUCAAAUUUAGUGGUCGGAUCUUCUUUGUCCGCCACUGCAUUUAGGAAGAUCUGAACACUAAUUAGGAUUGUAGACUAGUAUUAGAAUCAGUGGCCGUAUUUUAGGGGCCGAGCUAAUGUGGACGUUAAUGUCAGCUGAAUGUGUAUACAUAGAAAGAACUACUGUAAUAGCAAUCAGGCACAUUUUUGCAGCCUGUGAUCUAUUAGAGAAAUCGAGAUUCCCUCUUCAAAUUUUA